CGCGCCGUCUGGGUCUGUAUGAAGUCAGAAGGGAGACACGGAAUAUUCAAACCUUCGACUGUUUGUCUUGGUGUAGUUUCAAAACAAGCUGUGACAUGGAGGUCAGCGCAGAGGCCAAGAGGAUCAUGGUCGUGGCUUUGGGGAAACUGUACAGCUCCCGCACCCAGCGAGGGGGUCUGCGUCUUCACCGGAGUCUCCUACUUACUCUGGUGAUGAAAUCUGCCCGGGAAAUCUAUCAUGCGGCACAGGCGACGGCAGAGAGCGUCGCCCCGAAAUGUGAACUACAACACCCGACUGAUGAGAUGAUCGCAGAGCCAGCAGGCGCUCAGGGGCUCCAGAGUCCCGCUUCUCUCCCAGCUGAAGAGCCACGGUGCACGGGUUCAUCCACGGAGCUGCGCCGUGAGGCGCGUACGCACACCAGCGCAGAAAACAAGGAGAAUGUGUGCCCGCCCGGCCCUGUGCAGCACUCGAGGAAAAGACGGGGGAAAACGGCUGCCGAACCGGACUUUCUGCCCUGCAAGAAAGCAAAACUGGAACAAGGGAACUGCCCUCAACAGCUCAUUGUCUGUUCCGUUUUGAAUGACUAUGUAACGUGCAGUAGUGAACUGCGAACAGCCCCAACCCCCAUUCCCGUGCACACGGCCAUUGCAGCUUGUUGAAGACCCGCAGUGAACUUGGAAGGCAGUGAACUUUUUAGGGCCUGCGGGCCUGUAUUCCUUUUCCAGGGACUGGCUUUGGAGAGCUGUCCCAAACGUGACUGAGCAAGGAAGCCCUGGAGCAGCCCACCGCGGAGGUCCCAGUGACUUCUGAUCUAAUUAAUGACUUGAAGUGAUCAAAGGCGGGACUGUCCUCACGCCUUGAACUGCCUCUAUGAACGUUUACGUGAGCCUGUUUGGGGACCAUGUUGCUGGUCUGCACAGCAAAUGUACAUGUUGACUGAAGAUGGGAAACAGGUCCAAAUGUAAAACCUUGAAUGACUGCAUCUACCUCAGUAUUUAUUAAACGUUUUAUGCCUAA